AUGGCGCGAAAGAAACAGAUCCAUUCAUUUGACAGCAGUUCUGACAUGUCGACAUCAUCUUCUUGUUACAAUAGCGUUGCCACUCAAACCAGCCACAGCAGUAGCCAAGGAAACAGCGACGAAGGCAUCCCGAUUGCGAAGAAAAAGAAAUCAGGUCAAUGUUCGUGCGAGACCAAAGUGGACCCGCAAGAUGAUGUGUCCAUUCUAUCCAAUCGUCAAACACUUUUGGCAUGCAUCAUGUUCUUUGUGGUGGGGGUGUACAGUGGUGUUGCCUAUGUGGGCUGGGUCCAACUCUCAUAUGGGUUUGGCGUGGAUCCGGAACUGGAAGAACGGUACUUGCCGUACGGUCCAUCCACAGUGAGAGCUCGGGAUGAUGUUGUGGCUGCACCCUUGAUUACAUCGCCAACAGCCACAGCUACAACCAAAAAGAGAAUUCAACUCAAUCGAGACAAUCGAAAACUGCAAAAGCCAAUGGUCUCCACUCUGUUUGGAAUUGAGUAUGGCAACGUCGUUGGUUCUACGGCUGCCGAUAGUACUGCUGCAGUAGAUGAUGAUGAUGCAGGAGAUGAAACAAAAACAUCGUCCUUUCAGAUCUCUUCCGACUGGUAUCGAUUGGCGUCCACUUCGGCUGUGUCUUUGACUCCAAAGCAAGUCUCCAUGAUUCAAGCCCUAAGAUAG